CGCCCGGAAGUUGCGCGCACGCGCUGGUAGGUGGGGGAAGGUGUGCGCGCUCCCGGUGUGCGUGGCGGGCGCGGGCGCGGGCACGGGCACGGGCCGGGCUGGUGCUGAUCAAAGACUGAACCGCAAUCGCAGGCGCUUAAACUAAACAGCAUAUACAAAUGGAUGUCCAGAAGGAUUUGCAGCCUCCAAAGCAACAACCCAUGGUCUAUAUUUGCGGAGAAUGUCACACUGAAAAUGAAAUUAAAGCUAGAGAUCCAAUCCGAUGCAGAGAAUGUGGUUACAGAAUAAUGUACAAGAAGAGAACAAAAAGAUUGGUUGUUUUUGAUGCCCGAUGAAAUUCAACGUUUUUAAAUUUGCAUUUUGGAAAGCAUUCAACAAUUCACAAGUUUCACAUAGCAGUUCUUGUUUCUUUACAAAUCUUUUUUUCAAAAUUUUAGAAGAGAGGCUGUUUCCUUAAGUAUUCAUUCAAUGCUUCAUAUUGUGCAGUAUUUUUGUUUGAUAAAAAUAAAUAUUUAAUUGUACUAAUAA